AUGAUUUCACUGGAGAAGGCAAUGAAAGAGGCCAUGGUUCCUUCAGGAACUGCUAGGGAGACUGAUUUGGGAAGAGAGGUCUCGUUGUUUGAAGUGGAGGCUACAGCUGUGGAGUCUGUAUUUCAAAAAUUCUAUUCCUACAUUUUUUACACUGAAACCGUGGGGUUCGAACUAAACAGAGACCCCGACAGGCCCAGUUCUGCUUCUAUCUUCGUGGUUAACUUUGACAAGGUCAGAAUGGAUACGAGGAACAAGGAAGUCGAUCUUGAUAGUUUCAUGUUUAGCACAAUUGAUAAGUUGUCUGAAGAAGAUAUGAAGAAACAAGAGGGUGAUUACAUUUAUAGGGGGAGCAACUCAAGUUUGGUUGAGCUCAGACAAAUAUUAUUUGAAUGGACGAUAUGUGACCUCUUUCAUUUUAGUCACCACGAGAAAUGA